AAAUCGGAAUAUAUAUUCUUAUCGGUUUGUCCAAACCUGUACCACAAUUCUCAUAAGAAUUUGGAUUACACCACUGAGCAAUUAGUGACAAGGCUAGAUUCUGAAGGUUAUCCAGAUCUGCUCAAAGAACUGGACCUGCAGUCUGUUCGUGAAUCUUAAGGUACCAUUAUUUAAUUAUAACUUAUUGAAUUUUAUCAUGGCAAAUCUCACAAAACAAGAAUUUGUACAACUUGAUAUUUCUGGAAAACAUUAUUUAUCAUGGGCAAUGGAUGUUGAGAUCCAUCUUGAGUCCAAAGGGCUUGGAAAAACUAUUGUCCAGAAUAAUGAUGCUACAAGUCAAGACCGUGCCAAAGCCAUGAUAUUCCUCCGCCAUCAUCUUGAUGAAAGCUUGAAAACGGAAUAUCUGACAGUCAAAGAUCCACUAGAUCUGUGGAUAAGUUUAAAAGAAAGAUUCGACCACCUGAAGUUGGUCGUACUUCCAAAAGCCAGACAUAGCCGUGGCAGAGGUCGUGGACGUGGCUAUGAUAGAGGUCGUGGACGUGGCCGUGAUAGAGGUCGUGGACGUGGUCAUGGUAGAUAUAUACCUUACCACAAUAAUAAUAACCAUGACAUGAGACAGAAUAUCUCCCAGAAGCGGGACAACAACAACAAUAAAAAAUAUAAAGAAAGGAAAAAUUAUGAAGAAAAGUGCUAUCGAUGUGGCAUGGGAGGACAUUGGUCCCGUACCUGUCGUACGGCGGAUCAUCUUGUUGAACUUUAUCAAGCAUCAUUGAAAGGGAAGAAUAAAAGUAUUGAGACAAAUUUUAUUGAUCAAGGAACAUCUGCCAUUGAUCAAGGUAAUGAAUGUAAUGAUGAUAUGGAUAUGACAUCUCUUGAUAUGGCUGAUUUUAUUGUGUAUCCUGAAGAUACAAAAGGAUGAAGGUGUCAAAUGCCCAAUAUGUACUUUUAU